AUGUCUUUCAGCUACUAUGUGGCUUUGACGGUUUGGUCAAACCAUGACGAAGACAGUUUUUUCUUCACCGUUUUUUUUUCUCUUUACGGAAUUGCGCCAAAUGCGGUUGUUUGUUCAAAGCGAGAGUCUCAGAAUUUUGCAGAGGUGUCUAGGGUUUUGCGUCUUGCUUUAGGAUCUCAAGCACCGCUCACUGUGCACAACUAUCAUGGCUUGCGUACCAUCUUCGACAUCUGUCGCAAGGAGCGCGGGCCAGUGGAAUACCGCUACUUUGGGCCUUAUGACAGACUGCUGAAUUACUGUUUCGGCGAUUCAGACUCUUUCCAGUUCCUCGUUUCGGCGCAAAGCCCUCGUGACCUCAACCUGGGUGACACAGUCGACUUCGCUGUCUUUCUGGUCGUUUUUGAUGCGAACCGUCGUCCUGUGCUCUUUGCCGAAAUCGAGGAUGGGCGGGCUGACAAGCCUGACCUUCGUCAUAGGGCGGACGACCUGAUUCGUCGUGGGUAUGACGCAAUGCUUGGCGACUGUCCUCUUCCUCGAUUGUGGGGGUUGAGCUUGCUCGACACGUCCCUUCGCGUUUAUUGUGGAACCGUCGCCGCUGGGCGCAUUGAACCCGACUUUGCGCCUCGCCCCAGCCCCGGCCGCGUCCUGCCACAAGAUUAUUCAGAAGGUGCAUGGGAUAUCGAUAUUCUAUCGCCGGAAGGAUUCAACAAGAUCAAGGAGAUUAUCACGGAUGUUCUUGCUGCUGCUGCGUUGUAG